UGCCAGCGGAGAGGAGCUGCCAUCCGAAACCGAUGCUGCUUGGAGCCUUCACAAGUUGUGGGAUUAACCAACUCCUAGCAAAUGGACGUUCAUCGGACUCCAAUCAGUCUCUCACGCAGGAAGAAUUAGGAGAAGCGGAGAUUAAGCUGUAGAUGUAUCCGCAUCAGAGAGCUAAGAAUGAAGAAGUCUGUCCGGCCAGCGGUGAGUAAGGCAAGUGGGGAUCGAGGGAAGUCGGAGGCCGCAUCCAUCGCUGGCACCGGGAAACUUACAGCCAAAAGCACCACCAACGCCCCUCUGUCCAAGGUAAAAAGCAAUGAUGAUCUUUUAGCUGCCAUGGCUGGAGGGAAUCCAGCAUCAAGCAAUGCUGUCACAAAGACCAAGAGGACAGCCUCCAUUGGAACUACUGCUAGCAACCUAGACAGCAAGCCAAAGACAACAUCAGGUACUUCAUCCAAGCGUACAACAUCAUCAACUUCCAAGGAGCCAAACUCAUCUCGAGACAGACUCCGAACAUCCAGGACAACGGCUGCUAAAAAGCAGCUUGUGUCAGGGACUGUAGCAGGGGAUGCAGCCUCAGGAAAGCGUUCUCGCAGCCAGAUCCUGGCAGAGUCCGAGGGUCGCAUGAGCAAGUCCAAGUCAGAUGGCCAGAUUAGUGAUAAGGUGGCUCUAGAAGCCAAAGUAAAAGACCUGCUUGGUUUGGCUAAAAGCAAAGAUGUGGAGAUCCUCCACCUUCGCAGUGAGCUUAGGGACAUGAGGGCCCAGCUUGGUUUGGGGGGGAAGGAAGCACCAGAGCAGGAAGAAGCUGGGGAGGAAGAGAAACCCCAGGUUUCAGCCAUCACAGCAGCUGAUGUGGAAUCCACUCUGAUUCUCUUACAAGAGCAGAACCAGGCCAUCAGAGAGGAGCUCAACCUGCUAAAGAGUGAGAACCGCAUGCUGAAAGACCGUCUUAACGCGCUGGGCUUUUCCCUGGAGCAGCGGCUGGAUGCCUCUGACAAGUUGUUCAACUACGCCUCCCUGAGCCCGGACCUGGCAGCAGGUAGCGGGCACAGUGAUGGAGGAGGCACAGGAACACUAACCUCCUCGGUGGAAGGCUCUGCUCCUGGCUCAUUAGAAGAUCUGCUCACAGGACACCAGCAUGGAGGCUCAGCAGACAACCUCGACAGUGAGUCUAGUGAGGUUUACCAAGCUGUAACCUCCAGUGAUGAUGCUCUGGAUGCCCCCUCUGGAGCUUCCUCGUCAUCUGAGUCGGAGUGCGCACCCAGCAGGGAGCGCUCACGGAGGGGUAGCAGUGGCAAUGCCAGCGAGGUGUCGGUAGCCUGUCUGACAGAGCGCAUCCACCAGAUGGAGGAGAACCAGCACAGCACUGCUGAGGAGCUUCAGGCCACACUACAGGAGCUGGCUGACUUGCAGCAAAUCACCCAGGAGCUGAACGGAGAGAAUGAGCGGCUCGGCGAGGAGAAGGUCAUCCUCAUGGAUUCCUUGUGCCAGCAGAGUGACAAGCUGGAGCUCUAUGGACGACAGAUCGAAUACCUGCGAUCACUGCUUGAUGAACAUCAUAUAUCCUAUGUGCUAGAAGAGGACAUCAAGAGCGGCCGCUACAUGGAGCUGGAGCAGCGCUAUGCAGACCUGGCGGACAAUGCCCGUUUUGAGAGAGAGCAGCUCUUGGGGGUGCAACAACACCUGUCGAACACAUUAAAGAUGGCUGAGCAGGACAAUGCUGAAGCCCAGGAGAUGAUUGCAGCUCUGAAGGAGAGGAACCACCAAAUGGAACGCAUCAUGGAAUCGGAGAGACAGGACCGAGCUGCCAUGGCGGCUGCACUGGAAGAGUACAAGGCGGCAGUGAGCAGUGACCAGGCGGAGCUGAACCGCUGCAGAGCCCAACUGGACCAGGAGAGGCAGAGGGUGGCCGAGCUUUAUUCUCUUCACACCGCAGGGGACAAAAAUGACAUCUGCCAGCUGCUGGAAGGUGUGCGGUUGGGGAAGGAGGAGGCAGAGGCCAAGGCUGCAAAGAUGCAAGAGCAGCUGGAACAAGCCCACAGUGAACUCAACCGACUGCAGGAGACUUUCAGCAAGCUGGACAGGGAAUACAGAGACUUCCAGGAGCAGGUGCAGCAGCAGAUGUCUGACCAGGAGCGUGCACUGGAGAAGCAGCGUAUGGAGCUGCAGGAGAAGGAGACGGAGAUUGCCGACAUGAAGGAAACCAUCUUUGAGCUAGAGGAUGAGGUGGAGCAGCAUCGAGCUCUUAAACUCCACGACAACCUCAUUAUAACAGACCUCGAGAACUCUGUGAAGAAGCUGCAGGACCAGAAACAUGACAUGGAGCGGGAGAUUAAGAUUCUUCACCGCAGACUAAGGGAGGAGUCUAUGGAGUGGCGUCAGUUCCAGGCUGAUCUACAAACGGCUGUUGUCAUUGCUAAUGAUAUCAAAUCGGAAGCUCAGGAGGAGAUUGGAGACCUGCGGCGCCGGCUGCAGGAAGCACUGGAGAAGAACGAGAAGCUGAGCAAGGAGCUGGACGAAGUCAAGAGCCGCAAGCAGGAGGAGGAGAGGGGCCGAGUGUACAACUACAUGAAUGCGGUGGAGAGGGACCUGGCUGCUCUAAGACAGGGAAUGGGUCUCAGCAGGCGAUCCUCCACCUCCUCAGAGCCCUCGCCCACCGUCAAAACACUCAUCAAGAGCUUUGAUAGUGCUUCACAAGGUCCACCUACCAAUGGUGCCGCUGUGGCUCCCACAGCCGCCGCGACCCCUCUACCACGAACCCCCCUCAGUCCCAGUCCCAUGAAGACGCCCCCAGCAGCUGCUGUUUCACCCAUACAGAGACACUCCAUAACUGGGUCUAUGUCAGCGGCCAAGCCGCUCUCCUCCUUGAGUGAUAAGAGGCCCAGCUACACAGACAUCACCAUGCCAGCUGAGCACCUUCUCAGGGGAACCUCAGCUGCCCGGCCUCCGCCUGUCAUCCAGAGGGUCUCCAACAUGGACUCCACCAAGGCCAUCUCAGUGUCCCGCCGGAGCAGUGAGGAGAUCAAGAGGGACAUGGCGGCUUCAGACGGGGGAUCCUCAGCCUCUCUGAUGGCCAUGAGUGCAGCCUCCUCCCCGCUCUCUUUGUCCUCCUCCUCCCCCACUGCAUCCAUCACCCCUACAGCACGCAGCCGGCUAAGAGAAGAGCGAAAGGACCCGCUGUCAGCACUGGCCAGGGAGUAUGGCGGCUCCAAGAGAAAUGCUUUGCUAAAGUGGUGCCAGAAGAAGACGGAAGGCUAUCAGAACAUUGAUAUCACUAACUUCAGCAGCAGCUGGAAUGAUGGCCUGGCCUUCUGUGCUGUGCUCCACACCUACCUGCCCGCACACAUCCCCUACCAGGAGCUCACCAGCCAAGAGAAGAGGAGAAACUUCACCUUAGCCUUCCAGGCUGCAGAGAGUGUUGGCAUCAAAUGCACUUUGGACAUUAAUGAGAUGGUGCACACGGAGAGGCCAGACUGGCAGAGUGUCAUGACUUACGUCACAGCCAUCUACAAAUACUUUGAGACCUGACUUUGCCGCCUCGCCCACCCUGCUCCUGCAGCACAAUCAGACCGACCACGCCAUCCCUCCUGAGCUCUCAGCAACCUUUCAGCCCCCACGGUCCACUGUUGUACCUCACUGACCUCCCCCCCCAACCUCACCCCGCUUCACAGCAACACCCGGUCACGCUGAACGUCUGUGCUCAGUAUUUAGCAACACUAACGGCAGAUGCAGAACCUCACUGGACACACAACUGCAUCAUCCUGCCAGUGCAGCACAGCAGGCGCUUUGUGUAGAGUUGUAGUCCAGGGGCUUGCUUGUAUGUUUACUGUUUCACAAGUGAGCCAUGAGAAGCGACAGCCUGGUGAACCAAGUCGGCGCUGACCAGCAGUGAAUCCUUGUACAUCGUCUUUGUCUUCAGUUCAUGUCUGAAGGAGCAGCAUGAAACCAAGUCUCAGUGCCUUUUAUCUGGCUUUUUCUCAUAUAUAAUAUUCCUCCACACUUUACCCAGUGUCCACAAUGUUGUAGUCUGUUGAAGGGGAAUUCCAUCAAAGCUGACUUAAAGCAUGUUACUUGCAUAAAGUGUCACGGGAGCUUUGCUUUGUUAAAUAUUUAGUGGACGCUUUCCACUAUUUUUUCCACACUAACAAAACAAAGGUUUGCGAUGCUGGAAUUCCCCCACAACCUUGAAAAAUCCCUUUGGACAGACUUCAGAGAGAUGCGGCUUUUUUUAAUUUUAAGUUUUUUUGCACCAAGUCUUCCAGACGUUACAGCACGAUACAGAUGCCUCUCUUUCAGUGGAUAAAGUGCCUGUAAGAGGUUUCGUACAAGAGACCAGAAAAUGAGCUCUUUCAACACAGCAUGUGAAGCUGGAGAUUUGAGGAGUUGCCAAAUAUGUUUCAGGGCCUUUCGAUUGUUGAUUUCUUCGCUGAUUGGUCAUCAGGAAGACUGAUGCUGCAGACAGCUUCCACAUCAGCAUCUCAUCACGAUUAUGUUUGCUGUUCAAGCCCUGAAGUAUACUGUGUUCUACAACUCUACUGCACAUUUUGUUAAGCAGCACUAACACACUAACUUUGUGAUGGUUUUUCACUUACGGUUCAAUGAAGUUGGUCAAAUAUUCAUUUGAUGUGUGCGGAGGUCUAAACUUGACUGUAUAUUGCGAGUGCAUUUGGCAUCUUGCACUCAGACUUCUUUCAUUUGGCACAUAGAGCACACAGCAUAAUGUCGUCAUAACCAAAAUAUUAGUUUGUUAGAUGUGUUUUGACUGGAAAGAUAAGUUCUGUUUAUGUUAGCGAGCCUUAAACUGUAAUUAGCAUUGUUAUCUGAUUAGACAAAAUAGUCUCUCACCCACUGACUUUGUAAACUUGCUGUAGUUUUAAUUAGGAAACUAGCAGAGACACAUUCAUAAGUGAAGACACACUUCUGUAGAUCAAUGCAAUUAAGAUAGUAGUUGGCCAUUUUGGUUUAUGCAUUUAUUCUUGUCGAGAACUGAAGAUCAAUAUGCCUCGUGUCUGUAUGCUAAAUACGAGGCUAGAGUCAGGAGUGGGCUAGUGUAGCACAAGAACUAUCAACAAGGACAAGCAACUUGCCGCACUCUGUCCAAAGAUAACAAAUAUCGGCCUACCAUCUUUAAGGUCAGUGUUUCCAACUUGUAAGUCCAUGAGAAUCCAUAUGGGCCUCUCUGUGGGGGUUUGUGUGCAGCCACUGUGCUGGAUUGGUAGAUGACAACCUUCUGCACACGUGCCGAACAUUGUCCGAUCUGACUAGAAGAUAGGAUAUCCGUGUGUAUGUCCACAAAGGAGUAUAAUGCUGGUUUAAUGCUUACUGAUGUGUAUCUCUUUUGUUUAAUUUGUGCAAAAAAAAAACUGAGUGUAAAAACAACCAGUCUGGAUGUUAUGAGCAGUUACGGUCUGGACUGAAAGCAGUGACUUCCUGAAGUCUCCUCUUGGCUUUUUUUGCACAUAUUAAAGGGCAAGUUCAUUAGUGAGCUUUAGGGACAGUAUAGAUGUUUUUGUUGUGCUAUUUCCAGUCUGCUUGGAGGAACUUAACACUAGCCUGAGGCCCGUGUCAGUAUUUCUGUGUCUGCAAGUAUGUGAGAGUUUCCGAAAUUUGUGCCCAUGUGGCAACUACACUACAACAGUAACCGUGCACAUGCUCAAGAUGUGACCUACUGCACAUGUGUGAAACAGAGUCCUACAAGCAGACUGGUGUGGAUGAGAAAAACGGUAUAAUAGAUUCAGCUCGUGAGAGACUAUAACCAAGGCUUUAGAGAUACUGGGUGACAGAUUUUUGUUAACCUUUGGACAGAUCCAGAUUAUCCUUUUUUAAUCUUCAAUAGGCUAAACAAUCACCUGCCAGCUGUAUUAUAGCAUACAGACAUGAAUGCAGUAUUGAUAUUGAGCAUUUAUUUCACAUGUAAAUGACAAAAUUUACACAAAUGACGUGAGACUUCAGUCUACCAUUGGUUUGUUUUGUGUGUUAGUGCUCUCGCUGAGUUUAUGUUUGAAAUCCCAAGUAUGGCAGAGCCUUACUUGAGAGUAACUGUGUCGCACAAAAGGCCAUUUAAUUUGUCUAAAUUCAGUCUGCAACAUUACUGUAAUGCUGUCUGACUGCUGUGUGUUAUUGUGGCUCAACACACCAAGUUCACUGUAUUUAUUUGCAUAAUUUCCGAACAUUGUAGGAGGUCAUCACUUUAUUUGUGUGUCCUAAGUAAAUAUGAAUUUAUUACACAUACAAUAGGUAGCUGCACUGAGAUAAGCUUUUCAUAUUCCACACUAAUAUCCUGCCUUAACAGUUUAGCCGAGGUUUCUGCUGCUGACAAUGUGACGUUUUAAGCUGCAGCUAUGUUUCCUCCACAGGCCUGUGUCACAGUGUGGAAAUAGUUCCUUAAACAAGGUCCUUCUUGUUUGUGCCUCUUGAGAAACACUAAUAGUGAGAGAUGGUCAUGAACCAUUCUGGGAAGCUGAAUCCCCGUAUGUGUCUAGUGAAGGUGCCUACACACUGUUUUGAUUUGGAUCCGCAGAAGCUGCCAGCUGGUAUCAAUAGCAGCAUUAGAAACAACAUUUUUGUCUCGAUUUAGAAGCCGUGCCAAUUGCCAAGCCACAUCACUGCAGCGUGCACAGCUGCGUUCAGUGAUUUAGAGUUAGCACAAGAACCCGCAACAAUGACUGUUUUUGUGUACAAGACAGAGUGAGAGUGAGUUAUUUAAUGACAUUUGAAGGCAUUGGCGCUUUGUCGAUGGGGGUCAUGUGAUGCCACGAUGCCGAGGACUAUCAGCCAGCAGUUUUUAUUGUCCUCUGCCUGAUUCCACCGCUGGUGUUUUAUUGCUCCCAUCAGGAACGUCUGAGAGCUACAGAGAGAUUUUGAAGCCUCGCCAUCCUGGAAGCGGAAUGUGUUUUGAUCACGCUUUAGUGAUCCCUGGGACUUCUUAGGUCCAACAUGUGCUGAUGUGGAGUGAUUGAUGAACACUGAGCCCAGCCUGCUGAGGAGAGACGGCUGGUCAAAGCUAGGAAGCACAUUCCACCUCCACAUGAUGCAGCCAUGAUGGACGUGUUACAUUGUUUGGCGAGCAAAGCAAAUGUGAACAGUGCUCUAUGUUGUUAUUGGGUCCACGUAAUCACGCUACACUUCUUUUUCUUUGUUUACUUGAAGAUGCUCUGAGAAUUCCACUGAACCUGCUUUAGUUUGUCUUUUUGUUUCCAUGUUGCCUUUUUUUUUUUUUUUUUUUAAAUAAUAAUGCCACAUGUUGCAGUCAGAUAAAGACUGAUGUGAUGGUGGAUUUAUUAUUAUUUUUGGAACACACUACAUGCAGUGCUGAAAUGGUCCCCUUAGCAAAGUUAAAGCUAAAUGAAUAAAUGUGUGUGCAUUUGUGUGUUUGCGCGUGCGUGUGUAAAGGGACUAAGCUACAGUAUUAAGUGCACACUAUGAUGAUAAUCAGUUGUAAGAAAAUGCUGUCUGGUUUUAUGUUGCUUUAUUUUUUUUCCAGCAAUCCCUGUAGUUAUAAAAGACCAGUGAACAGCCA